GCCCCACCCAAUGGCUUGACGAUGGACGACGCCCCGUUGCUCCUCACCCAUCAUCCGUAAAAGCAGCACCGAAAAAAAGACGACGAGCCUGACCCCCCCCCCCUUUCUUGUGUGUAAGUCAGCGACGAGGGGAGGGGAGUCGAGAAACGCGAGCAGGCAAAGAAAGGGUAGUCGGCAGACGGAGCGACCACGGGCGACGUGCUGGACCGGGAGCUGGAAGGGACUCGCCCAGCCCGCUGCAUCGCCAACGAGGAGCAGGAGCACCGCCGCUGCCCGAGGUUCUGAACGCCAUCCCGGCGAGCGUCGAGGACGGACUCGAGCCGGAGCUACUACGUAACCUACCCCCCCCAGGGGCUGGCACGAGGCGGAAGAGGCCCGUGGCAACUUCACAAGGAUCGACGGCGGCGGCCCGACGACGCGAUGGCCGCCUACGCCGGCGAGGGCCACCACUUCCGCUUGGACCUCGGGGUCGGGCCGCCAGGAGGCGCGGGCCUCGACGGCUACAACCCGCAUCCCCGACCUCCUCCUCCUCACCACCACCACCACCACGGACACGCUCUCGACGCGGGGCCCACGGCGGCGGCGGCGGGCCUCGACGGCACGUACCCGUUGCAGCAUGGCGCCCCUGCGGCACUUGCUGCUCCCGCGGGGAGGCGCCGGCGGCGGCAGCGACAGGCGGGGGACGGCGACGGUGGCGGAGGGAGCAACAGCACCGGCGGCCAGUUUGGCAUUCUCGCGCCCACGACGAUGCCCGGCGCCGGCUCCGUCUCCGUCAGUGCUGUUCCGCUAUCCGACGCGCAUCAGGGCCGGCCGGUUGGGACCCCCUCGACGGCAGGCCUCGGUCGGGACACGGGCGAGAGGACGGUCGGGAAGCUGAGCGGCCGCAUCGUCCUUGAUCCGCCGGACCUGCAGGCGUGGCGGGAGAAGCUGUUCAACGUCAGCGACACCCUUGUCUUGACCGAUGAGCAAUUCGAGGUGUACUUCCCGCACGUGGACAACAUCUACUCACACCGCUCGACGCAACGGUACAAGCGAAAGCCCUUCAUCUCGCACUACUAUGACUGCCGGAUGAAGGGACGGCCGCCGGGGACGCCCAAGUCGGAGGACCCGAACAAGAAGAAGCGCAAGCGCGUGGCCCGCGAGCGCGACCUGUGCGACGUCAAGAUCCGCAUCACCGAGUACUUUCCCGGCGCGUUCCUCGACCGCGACACCGCCGUCGCCGCUGCGGCUGCCGUGGCCACCGGCACAGCCGCCACGCUCACCGCGGGCGCGGGCGCGGGCGCGGCGGCGGGUGCGGCGACGGUGGCGCUGGUGGUGCCCGAGGGCCAGCGCUUUUGGGCGAUCCAGCGCGUCAAUGGCAACGGCGGCAACGGCAAGGGGGAUGGGAUCGCUGGUCCGCACAGGCAUACGCUGCAGCGCAGCGAUGAGAUUAAGCGGAACAGCGUGCAGCGGUGGCUUGCCGACAGGGACAAGGAGGUCAAGAAGAUACAGAAGCAGAUCCCGCGCAAGGCCACCGGUGCGGCCCUGGCGACGACAAAGAAGCACUCCAAGGAGAGCGACCUGAAGCUAUAUGCUGCGUGCUACUGCCCAUUUUCGCAGCGGGUGUGGAUCGCACUCGAGGCAAAGGGCCUGGCCUACCAGUACUGCGAGACGGAUCCUCAUCGCGGCCGACCAGCGCCUACGGCAAUCCUCGAGGCAAACCCUCGAGGGCUCGUCCCUGCUAUUCGCCAGGGCGAAUGGGCAUGCGCCGAGAGUACCGUGAUUCUCGAAUAUCUCGAGGACAUAUAUCAUGGGAGCCGGGCACCACUGUUCCCGUCCGAUCCGCGCCUCAAGGCGAAUUGUCGCCUCUGGAUUGAUCAUGUAUGUCUUCAAAGGGGGUUCACACAGCGUCUUUGGGGCCGCCAGAAGCGUUAACGUCUGGGGGGCAGAUCAACUCCCGCGUGGUCCCAUCCUUCUUCGCCGUGCUACAGGCCGCCGACCUGGCGCAGCAGAGCGCCGCGACGGAGCAGCUGCAGGGCCACAUUACGAGCCUCGUCCUCGCUGCCGACGAGCACGGCCCGUACUUUCUCGGCUCCUCUCUGAGCCUAGUCGACGUGCACUUUGCCCCGUUUGCGCUCCGUCUCUCGCGCGUGCUUGGGCCGCUUCGAGGGUGGGCUGGCCCAGUGCCCGGCACUCGUUGGCAGAGGUGGCUCGACGCGCUCGAGGGCGACCCGCACGUCGCGGCCACGACCAGCCUGGACGACAUGUAUGCCGAGACGGCACAAAUACUCGUACAGCCUCCGGCGUCCUUGUCGGCAUGAGACUUGGCGAGGCACUGGUGCGCAUAUGGCGAUGCCGGCCUGAGGAUAGGCAGCAGUGGGCUCUGCUGCCCGUUGCGCGGGCUCAUCAGCAGGCGGGUGGCUGUUUCGAGAGCGGGAGGGAAACACUGAAAGAGCACUCGCAAGAGCGCCGCCUGCCAGGGGGUUGGGUCUAGUGGUCAACAAACCGCUGGCAACACACAAUGAUGGCUGCCACUACGACUGUUCUGGGGCGAGGGGCGUGUGUGUCGCUGUUUCAGGUCUCAGCACGCGACGGUUCCCACACGCCCGGGCAUUUGAUUUGCGGUUGGUGCGUCGGGGCAGGCAAAAGCGACCGAGACAGGCGGUGCUGUUUGCUGCAGCUGGGCAGAUGCGCCAUUAGACUUGCCUGUCGAGGCAGCGACGCGAAGGGCGGGCGUCGGGAUGCGCCGCCACGCCUUUUCUCCAUAACGCCAAUAGCUAAACACGGUUUGUUCUUUGGGGAGAGGUGGUGCCUCGUGUCGUCGGGGAACUAUGAUUAUGAUGCACUAAUGCGUAGUUACCGCCAUUCCCAGCGAUGUUGGGGCUGCUGCGGGCGCCGGUUGCAACUUGUUGCUGUCCACCUAUCCCUUUGACAGUGGUAAGGCCGCACCUGGGUUCCGCGCUCCACCUUCCCCUAAGUACUCGACGGUUACUUAGAUCUUCGUGCUGUUUGGGUGGCAAUAGAUGUAACAAUAGAGUGCUGAGACAGAUCGGUAGUGCUUCUUCGACCUCCAGC